AUAACAAAAUCCACCCAUUAAAUUUGACACAGAGAUAUCUUGCUCUCUACUUUUUCGCCACCAUCUCUCCCUCUCUCUCUCUAAAGCUGUUUCAAGAUUCAGACUAUGUUCGGCGAAAACUGGACUCGAGUGGCCAUGUCCGACGACUCGUUGGUAGCGGACGCGCUGCUCCUGCUCCGCCACUCGGAACCAAAACCACCGCCGAAGAAAGUCGACGCAUCUCCCAUCAAGCUGAAAUGGAGCGUGCGACAACGGAGAUCGAAGAAAGGAGACCAAACGCGAGCCAGCCCCACAACUCCUCUUUCCUUGAGCGGUGCCACGUCUCUCAGCGGCUGCGGCGGCGGUGGUGCUACCACCGUGGAAGGUUUUGAGGAGUCCAGCGCCGCCGUCAAAACCUCUGAGACCUUUAGAUCUAAGGUUUUUCAAACGAGUGCAAUACCAACAACUCUGUUCAAGAGAUCAAGGAAGAAAAAGACUUUGGCGGAGCUUAAACAUGAAGAAGUCAUGCUCUUGAAGGAAAGCAAUGGCCUGAAAAAUGAAUUAGCAAGUAUGCGCGAGUUGGUCGAGCAACAAAGAGCAAGAAACAAUGCUUUAAAGAAAAUGAAGGCUGAAUCACAAUCCGCCUUGUCCUGCAAACUCGAGCAAGGCUCCUCCUUCUUGCUCCCUGAUCUAAACAUGCCACUAGAUACCGACACGAGCCCAUGAGUAUAUUAUUUCCUAAUUUUUUUCCCAUCACACGCAAACCACUAUACCUCCUACCCACAAAUAUGUUUUUAACUGUAACUAUAUGAGUAUGAACAAUGUAGAUUAAUAUAACCCUUUUGGCCAUUUCCCGUGGCCUCUGUAGAAUAUUGGCUUCAAGGAGAGGUCAUUCGAGUUUAUGUUUCUCGAUAUAUCCUCUUCUCUAGGCGGUAGUAUGAUUUUUUCUUUUUUGCUCUGUCAUUCUCCCACUUUCACAUGAUGUGAGAUGUAAUUACCAUCAUAGAUAAUACACUUUUCUAUA